GGAUUGCGAAGGCCACCAUCCGCUCCGGCCCAUCCCGGACACCAAAGGGCAACCAAGCACGUCGAGGACACCCUCCCACGCUCCCCAUUUGCACGUACACAGCAACUCUUGCAUUGAUUUCCUGCGCGACGUACCUACCCGAAUAAACUUGUGGAUAGCACGUCGAUCCCCUGGCCAAUUCCUCCUUUUCCCUUGCAGAGCGGAAAUGCCAAGCAGUAAAGGCAUCCCCACCGACCCAGAACUCCGCGAGGAGCUCAAGGAAGAGAUCCAGCAAGAGGCCAACAAGUCCGGAGAUGGCAAGGGGCAGUGGGCAGCUUGGAAGGGGAUGAAGUUGGCAAAGGAGUAUGAGGCGCACGGCGGCGGCUACGACAAUGAUCCUGGGUCGAAGAACGAGCCGAAGACAGGUGCGCCUGUGGCCAAGGGCGAGAGCAAGAAACAUGACGAGUUGGAUGUCUGA